GACAGCCCAUUCAAACAAUGUCACGGGAUUAAAUGAAUCUUUUUUAAAAUAUAUUCUCCAGUUUUAAUUUUGUAAUAUGUGACUGACCUGAAAAUUUUAUACAAAAUUCAAAAAUACAAUUUUCUCAAACAUCUAUUAUAAUGAAAUCAAAAUUGCAUUGGAAUAUUUUUACUUUAUUUGUGUUUAUCGACCAGGUUUUAUUAGUUUUAGGUUUUGCAGCCACAACUACAACACCCAGCCCCAGCUUGCCGGAGUGUAAGUCAACAAACAGAGUGCCGCCAUCUUGUGAUUUUUUUACUACCUGUAACUACACCAGCUAUCAUGAGGGCAGCACUAGCCUGAGCUGGGUCCUGGCCAAUGGCACAAUGAAGCCUAUAGCCAGUCCAUGGAGGCCGCCUGGUUCUACAGACCAAAGCUACUACAUGUUCUUGGAUGCCAAGUAUGGAAUGCCAGUUGGAAGCAAGGCUAUGAUGAGUGCUGAGAUAAGUCAUGACGCAACAGCCAUCUGUGUAGAGUUCCAUUACGCAACCAGCGGUAUCAGCAAACACAACAUCCGGGUACUUCUACAGUCGACACCAGGGUACGGUCCAAGCUACAGAACUGAUCCUGUGGUGUUUGAGUUGAAGAACCUCAGUAUAGCUUAUACAUGGAAGACCGCGACGUUUUCUACAUGCCUCAACGGUUCACGAUAUAUAUCAUUUGAAAGUUCGACCAUAUCUGGACCUGAUACAGUGUCAAUUGACGGCAUCAAAGUUACAGCAGCUGAUCUACCGUGUGGAGCUACAUCAUUCGUAGACGUUACAACAAGGUCAACAGCCACAUCACAUGUAUGUACAGACCCAACCUUAGACCCAUCCUGUGACUUCCAGACGUUAUGUAACUAUGUCAGUUACAAUGAAGGAAACUCUAACCUGACAUGGGUGCUGUCCAAUGGAACAACCAGACCAAUAUUAGGGAAUUGGAAAGCUAACCAAACAGAUCAAAGUUUCUAUGCAUUCAUCAACCUGAAAGGUGUGUCAACAGUUUCACACAAAGCACUUUUGAGUGCUCACAUUUGUGAAGAUCUUAGUGCCAUCCAUGUAGAGUUUCAUUAUGCAACCAGCGGUAAUCAGAAGCAAAACAUCAGUGUCUAUCUACAGUCUACACCAGGAUAUGGUUCAAGUCACAGCACUGACCGUUUGGUGUUUGAGUUGAAAGACGUCAGUAUAUCGUAUCGAUGGUUCAGUGCUAACUUUACUACGUGUCUAGAAGACAAAUUUUACAUAUCUUUUGAGGGUUCGGCAACAUCAUUAUAUCAGACAGUGGCACUGGAUGGUAUUAGAGUUACAAAGGCUGACAUGGCAUGCCCUAAUAGUCACGUGACCUCAACACUUCACACACAAACAUCGCUUUCUACAGCAGCAUCUACUACAACCACACCAACAACAACCACAACAAGUACACCAACAACAACUAAACCAACAACAACCACAACAAGUACACCAACAACUAGUAGACCAACAACAACUACGCCUACAACAACUACACCUACAACAACUACACCUACAACAACUACAACCACAACAACAACAACCACAACAACUACACCAACUACACCCACAACAACUACACCAACAACACUCACAACAACUACACCAACAACAACCACAACAACUACACCAACUAUACCAACAACAACUACUCCAACAACACCCACAACAACUAUACCAAUAACAACUACACCAACAACAACUACACACACAACAACAACACCAACAACAACAAUGACACCAACAACAACUACACCCACAACAACUACACCAACAACAACCACAACAAUUACACCAACAACAACUACACUCUCAACACCCACACCAACAACAACCACAACAACCACACCAACAACAACCACACCAACAACAACCACAACAACUACAACAACAACAACUACACCAACAACACCCACAACAACUAAACCAACAACAACUACACACACAACAAAUACACCCACAACAACUACACCAAAAACACUAACAACACCAACAACAACUACACCAACAACAACCACAAAAACUACACCAACAAUACCCAAAACAACUACACCAAUAACAACUACACCAAUAACAACUACACCAACAACAACUACACCCACAACAAAUACACCAACAACAACCACAACAACUACACCAACAACAACUACACACACAACAAAUACACCAACAACACCAACAACACCCACAACAACAACACCAACAACAACUACACCAGCUACACCAACAACAUUUACACCAACUACACCCACAACAACUACACCAACAAUAACUACACCAACAACAACCACAACAACACAACCAACAACACCCACAACAUUUACACCAACAACACCCACAACAACUACACCAACAAAAACUACACCAAUAACAACCACAACAACUACACCAACAACACCCACAACAACUACACCAACAACAACUACACACACAACAAAUACACCAACAACACCAACAACACCCACAACAACAACACCAACAACAACUACACCAGCUACACCAACAACAUUUACACCAACUACACCCACAACAACUACACCAACAAUAACUACACCAACAACAACCACAACAACACAACCAACAACACCCACAACAUUUACACCAACAACAACCACAACAACUACACCAACAACACCCACAACAUUUACACCAACAACACCCACAACAACUACACCAACAAAAACUACACCAAUAACAACCACAACAACUACACCAACAACACCCACAACAACUACACCAACAAUAACUACACCAAUAACAACCACAACAACUACACCAACAACACCCGCAACAACUACACCAACAACACCCAAAACAACAACACCAACAACAACCAAAAAAACCACACCAACAAUACUUACAACAAAUACAACAAUUACACCAACAGAAACCACAACUCUAACAACAACAAUACCAACAACAACAACAACAACAACUACACUCACAAAAACCACAACAACUACACCCACAACACCCACAACAGCUACACCAACAACACCCACAACAACUACACCAAAAACACAAUUCACAAUUACACCAACAACAAAAUCCAUAACUACACCACCAGCAUCCACAUCUACUGGACCAACAACAACACCCACAACCGCAACAACAGUAAAUUCUUAUAAAACGCCUAAAAUACAAAACUCAACUAUCGCUCCGAUCACAGAGGUUACAAACAUUACAAGUACUACACCUACGAUCAUUACACGUACCACUAUUAUAGAUACAUCUCCAUACACAAAUGUUACAUAUUCUACAAUCACAACAACUAACCCAACUACACCUUUAAAUACCACAACCAAUAUGUACCCAACUAUUUUACCUAAAGUAUCUACUUCACCUUCGGAAACUACUAAUACACCAACUAACCGACAGCCAAAUACAAAUAGCCCUUCGACGAUAACCACCAAUAAGGUGUCUGAUUCAACCAGUAAACAAAGUGCGCAUCCAAGCACUACUCAGGAAGUACAAACAGCAAACAGACAUGCGCAAAGCGGAGAAAGCAGCGGCUUAAGCAGCUCCACACAAACUGCACUUAUUGCCUCUUUCACUGUACUCGGCGUCAUCGUCAUUGUCAUUAUUGCAGUCAUCUUUAUUAGACGUCGACGUCAACAAGCCACUAAGGAAAAAGAGAAUUACAUAACAGACGACGCCGUAUUUGAUAAGACAUCAAUGCGAGACGAAGACUACCAGCUACACAACAUUUAUAAAGAUGUGAUUUAAAUAUCUAUAAAGAUGUUAUUUAAAUAUUUAUUUGCCCGUUCUUUUAGGUCAGAACCAAACAACAAUCAGGGUAUCGUUUCAAAAUAUUGCUAAUUAUGUGUACGUGUAUUAUGUUUAAAAAAAAUAUUUAAAUGUUUGGUAGUUUAUUAAAUGAAAAUUGCUUA